AUGAUGCGGGACGCAUCAAUUUCAAUAUCCGGAUCUGGACGCAUCUAUCGUCUCGCCGUCCCUGCACUGCAAGCAAUUGUAACUCACCUUGACCUCCGGAUCGGACGUGAAAAGCUAAAAGUCAUCGUGGACGAGCUUUCCCGUGAUAGAAUGAUGCGGCUCGAAGCGGUUGUAUGCCAGUUUGGCGCAAAUCUUGCCAAAGAAAAACCUUCUGCGGAGCUGAUCCAGUUUAUGUCUGGGCCUGCAGCUGAAAACGAAGAUAGAGAAACUUAUCUCCAGGGAACAAGAGAUAGUUGGGAGAUCAUGUCUGGAUGUGAUGAAACGGCCUAUGAGUUCGCUAUCAAUUUUGAUAGUAUCAGAACUAUGUUGAUACAACGGAUUAGAGACCUUGACAAGAGUAAAGGCGACAUACAGAGCGAUACGAUAAAGGGAACAGACACCCACACGCAAGAGUAUCAAGACUUCCUUGAAUCCGAAGAGAGAGCCUCUGGAAAGAAGCUUGCUAUCGCUGAGGAUGAGCUGUGUGUCCCCAUCAAGCAUCUCUUCACGGUGAAAAACUGA